CCCUAGCUCUGCCUACUGGGCUCCGAGCGAUGGCCGCUUCCCGAGGGCUGUGGAUGGGGCUGGUGCUGCUGGGAGUCCUGGGGGUCCUGCAGACCCGCGCCCAGGACCCGGUCUCUGUGCAGCCCGAAUUCCAACAGGACAAGUUCCUGGGGCGCUGGUUCACCGCGGGCCUCGCCUCCAACUCGAGCUGGUUCCGCGAGAAGAAGGCGGCGCUGUCCAUGUGCCGGUCCACGGUGGCCCCCACGGAAGAGGGGGCGCUCAACAUCACCUCCACCUUCCUCAGGAAAAACCAGUGCGAGACGCGGACUCUGCUGCUGCAGCCCGCGGGGCGCCCCGGCCGCUACACCUACACCAGUCCCCACUGGGGCAGCACCUACUCUGUCUGGGUUGUGGACACCGACUACAAGGAGUUCGCUCUGCUGUACAGUGAGGGUGCCAAGGGCCCGGGCCAGGACUUCCGCAUGGCCACUCUCUACAGCCGCAGCCAGACCCCCGGGGCUGAGCUGAAGCAGAAGUUCAUGGCGUUCUGCAAGGCCCAGGGCUUCACGGAGGACAUCGUUGUCUUCCUGCCCCGGAACGAUAAAUGCAUGGAGGAGCAGGACUAGGAGACCCCAGCCCUCCGGACUUCCCUGGAGACUCCAGCCCUGCGUCCUUCCCCAAGCACUUCUGCCCCCUGGGCUGUUCCUGGGCUCAGAAAUAAACUCCAAGCAAAG